UCAAUGAACAGAAGCCCCGCCCUCGGCGUCUCUUGCCAUGGCAGCGUGUCAACAGCGCUCCAUGGAGACGGCGAAGCCUGAACCGGGGCUGUUUUUCCGCGUUUCUCCGUGAUUUGGACACAGCUACCCGCCUGCGGAUGAUGGGACGGCCCAGGUACUUCACUCCCUCGGAGGUGGCGGCUCACAACACGGCGGAGGACCUGUGGGUGUCGUUUCUGGGCAAAGUGUACGACCUGAGCCCGCUGAUGAGCCAAUACAAAGGUGAUGUUCUGCUGUUGCCCAUCAUGGAGUUUGCAGGGAAGGACAUCAGCAGCUGGUUUGACCCCAAAACUGAAGACAUCCUGAAGUACGUGGACCCUCUGACCUGCUGUGUGGCGUACUACACCCCCAGAGGGCGUUUCCUGCACAUCCCCCCCAACGGUCCGCGCUCCGACUGGGACAGCGACAUCGGACAGCCGUGGUGGAGAGAUAGCCGAUACGAGGUGGGGCUGCUGUCCGCUAAAACCAGGUGGAUGCGAAUCAUCAACACGCUGACGUCACAGGAGCAGUGGAUGGAGGUGUGCUCAGAGGAGACUCUGAACGAGAUCCUGCAGCGCUACCUGCGAUACAACUCGCAUGCCCGCAGCUACACCUGGAAAUACAACGGCGCCGUCCUGGACAUGAACAAGACGCUGAGUGAGAACAAUGUCCCAGACAAUGACCUCGAGCUCGAACAGCUGCGUCUGGACCGAGACGCAUUCACCCCCGCCAUCCUCCUCCACUACAACGAUGACCUCACUGAGGGCUGACCUCUGACCCUGAACUGUGGACUAGAGCAUAACAGUUAUUUUAUUAAAGCUGUGCUAACAGGUGCCUUUUCUAACUGUCGUUUGAUGAAAGUUUUAACCAAAGAGAGACCGUAAAUUGUCUUUAAAGGCCAAUCUGAGCUGCACAUUAGCACAGAUGGACUCCCACAAAGUCACUGGAGACUCAGUUAGGGUCAGCUGAGGCCCCUGAUGGCUAACUGAGCUAAGCAGUUGGCAAAUUUUGUGCAUCAAGAGGCUGAUCCAGAGCCAAACUCUGUUUGGUCUAUCUGUCUAUAUGUUGUUUCCUUGCAUUUAACUUAAUUUUACAUCUUCUUUUACAUCUAUAGUUCAGCCCCUCACAUCUUUAAACAUCUUUAAAUAUGACAAGAUGAAUAUGAAGAGAAAAUGUUGGCCACCCCUGGUUUAAACCUAAUUCAUUUGCAAUUCCUUCAGUGUCCACUCCAGUGAGUCAGGCCCCAUAGACUCCCGUGUUAAAAUAUUCAAGUCUUCAGGUGAAAUUAACAUGUUUACAACCUUUACAAAUAAUAGAUUUCAGGUAGAAUGAGAUAUAUAUUAAUAACAUAUAACGUACAACAACUAAAGGCUUAAAAAAGUGGAAGUUAACGUCAGUAAAACACAUGUGUAUAUGUACAACAAGCCUGUAAAAGUCAGACCUGAAGCUUUUUAGCCUCUAGUUGGCGUAUCUCUGGAUGGCAUAACCAUCUGAGAACACUGUGAGUAACAAAACCCAGAAUGGGGUGUCACAGAGUGUUUUCUUACAGGUCAUGGAGUUCCACAGGGCUCUGUUAUAGGUCCUUUACUUUUGUUCAGAUUUAAAUUAUAAUCUAAAUUCACCUGUUUAAAUUGUAUUAACACUUAAAGUUUCCAUUAAUGGUAGUGUGGCCUUUUUGCUGCUGUUGGAACAUUAUGUUUAAUGCAAACAUGUGACUAAAAUUGUACUUGAGACCAUCCCCUAAAACCUGGUGAAUGUUAAUGUGUUUAUGAAUUAAUGUCAUAGAAAAACGGAUCCAGAUGGUUUUACACAGUUUAAGGUUUCAGUUAGAUGAACACUGUGUCCUGAGCAGCUCUUGUUUUAUAUCGAGCUUUGUGUUUAUGGUUAUCUUGUGUUAAAGUUUAAGACCACAUGUCUGUGUUUGUUUGUGAUCUUGCAUUUACACAUAGUUUGAAUUUGUGAACACUGUGGUUGAUUUUAGGGAAGUUCAGACCGAGGAAUGCUUCCCUCCCUGGGAGAAAAUGUUUCUGAACAAAAGGGAAAUUCUGAGGCUCAUUUUACAGAAAAUACUAAAAUAGGAUGUGAGACCAGGAGCUAAAUCCUCAAAAAUAAUUAUGAUGUGCUUAAUAAAACGGG